CUUUCUCUUUUCUAUCAGCGGUCUUUGAAGACACUUGGUCGAAAUGUCGGCUCACAAAACGUUCCGUAUCAAGCAAAAGCUUGCUAAGAAGCUGAAGCAAAACAGACCUAUCCCGCAAUGGAUUCGUAUGCGCACUGGUAACACCAUCCGCUACAACGCCAAGCGCCGUCACUGGAGACGUACCAAGCUGAAGCUGUAAGCGGAUCAACGUGUUGUUUUUAUCGUACGUUCCACCCGUGGACGAAUCGGGGAGAUCCAGCCGAGUGCGCUUCUUCAUCCGAUCGUACAGUGUUGAACGUCGGUGUAUAUCAAUACUAUUCCGUAUCAAUGGCUCAGCGAAAUGUGUUGAAUAAAUGAUUCAAUGAAAUCUUUACCACAUGAAAA